GCCGAUCCGAGGACAGCGGCUAUGGAGAGCGGUCAACCAUGGCCGAUCGGGCUGCAAUCCAGCGGGCCUUACAGCGCCGUCGCAUUCUCGAGGAGCUCAUUAGCACCGAAGAGGGUUAUAUAGGCGAUGUUCGCUUUCUAAUGAACGUCUAUGUCACCAUCCUCGCUUCUCUGCCCACCUCUCCCACGGGGCUACGGCCAUCUAUCAACCGGAAUCUCACGGAUAUCGUUGAACUGCACGAGGAGAUUCUUGGCGACCUACAUCGGACGGUUCCCAACUCAGAAUACACACAGCCAAUCCCCGUCCUCUCGCCACCGAACUCAUCGACAGGAAUUGGUCAUCGGAGAUGGCGGAGUCUCGAUGCUGUUCCGGAAGACAAGGACACCCAUUCCUGGCUUCAAUACGCUCCCUGCAUAACAUCGGAAGCCCAAGUUGCUGGUGACGUCGCAAAGAUCUUUAGCAGGAAGAUGAGCCGAUUCUUCAUCUACGAAGAGUACGGCGCUAAAUAUGAAAUGAUGGUCAAGGAUGUGGCCUCGGCUCACCACAAACUGCCACAGUGGGAUGCAUAUCAAAGGGGCCUUGAGGCUUUGGCUUCCUCCUUGGGAGCAGCUAGCUAUCACGAAAAUCAGUCCAGGAAAUCAUUGACGAUUGGAGAUCUCCUGGUCAAGCCUAUUCAGAGAAUCUGCAGGUAUCCGCUGGUAUUCGCAGAACUUCUGAGACAUACACCGGUAGAUGACGACCCAAACUGUCACAUGGAGGUUGAAAACGUGUUGCUGCGACUGCGGGAAGCGACGGCAGAGAUCAACAGAGCUACCAACGAUUCUCAAAUGAGAUCAACAUUACAGAGGACUUGGAUUCUUCAGGACCGUCUCAUCUUUGCCAACCAGCGGAUUGAUGCCGCGUCGAAGAAUCGAAUCCGGUCCUUCGGUCAUGUCGAGCUUUGUGGGGCGCUAUAUCUGUGCUGGCAGACCAAAGAAGGGGUCAGGGGCCAGUACAUGGUCUGCAUCCUCUAUCGUGACGUGUUGUGUCUUGCUUCGGCUGGGAAGUUCGAGCAAAUAUACGCAAUCGAAGCUUGUAUCAACCUUGACAGCAUCAAAGUCGAAGAGACGGACAACGGCCGAGGUCUCCAAUGCCACACAGCACCGUUCUCUUGGAAGUUGGUAUUCGAAUGCUAUUCGCAACUCUAUGAAAUAAUCAUGACCGCUUGCACGGCGAAAGAGCAGGACGAGUGGCGCAGCCGCUUAAACCGCCCUAUCAAAGAGGGGCGGCGAGUCACAGAUCCGAACCUCUACAGCUCAUUGACAUUGGGCAUUCAGAGCCUGGGAACUGUGUUUAGCAAGCCAGGUACCAUGGCCCGUCGAAUGGCGAUUCAGCGGGCCACGACCGUAGGAGCCAAGUCCCCGCUCUGCCAGGUCGUUUUGAAGAACACCAGCUUGGCGCGAGACGUUGGCAGCAUAUCGGUCAACUCGCCCCUUAACCGAUCACAGUCGCUCCACAUGAAUAAACGCAUUCCCAUAUUGGCUCCGCACCGAGGGGAACGGACAAGACUUGAAACGCUGUUAUCGGAUGUCUGGAGCCGAGAGGUGCUGCCAUUCCCUGGCAUAACGGGCAGGUUGCGAAGCGAACAUCCGGUUCUAACCACGGCAACGACGAUGAUGCGAAAGCUCAGCGUUACGAACAUUGCCAGUUCCUUGACGAGACGAUCAAAUAGCGUGGCCAGCACGACCAAGUCCUCCGGUAAUGAUGGAAUAGUCCCUGGAGAUGAGAAUCACACUAGGCUGCCGAGCAUAGUAAACGAAAACAGCCCAAACAUGGACGAGGGGCCUUUCGCAGGGGCCAAGCUGGAGCCGGUCUCUAGGUCUACCACUCUGCUUGAGAUUCCAGACGGAUCCGAGAAGAGAAACCCGACCACCACAUCGUCUGGCUUGAUCUUUCAAACAGCCGAAGUGAGCGGACUAGACCGUCGUCAGUGUUCACUUUACAGCCACGGUCAUGGCGAUUCAACACUAGAGGGUAUGCUCCCGGCGGAGGCCAGAGCACUGCGCGGCUCUUCAACAGACCGUGGCUUUCGUUUACGACGCAACAAACAUAACUCAUCGUCUUCGGAAGUCUUGCCCCGCACCUCUGGUAAGAAAAAGAAGAGGCCAACGCAGGGAGCACCGAAGAAACCCAGAUUGAUUCACCGGACAAGCAGCCGGUGGGGGAAGGUAGGCGGGUUGAACAGAGAUACCAUGAUGCGAAGUAUACGUAGUUUCUUUCAUCGGGGACAUGAGAGCCAUUCCAAAGACGCUUGGAAAGCGGGGGUCCAGGAUGGCGGGUCUCCAGUACCUUACACAUUAUGAGCUGAGGUGGAAGAAGUGAAAUAAGAGCGUGAUGAAGUGGUGAGCCUGGAUCGUACGAGUAUGAGAUGCAUCGUAAGUGUUCUUAUUCUGACUUUUGCUUUACUCUGAUGAGGGGCGGAAAGCAGAGGUAGGG